GUUUGGCUGGUCCGUGUAACCACACCUUUACCUGUGAGGUGCGUGCCUGAGCUGCACCCACUUUCUUCUGUUUGGAUGCAGAGGAACGUGCGAGAAUUGUGUUUUGGUAACAGCCCAAACAGUAUGAAAUGAACAGAGAGAAACGAGGUUUCUUCCCUAAAGGUCCUCACUGAGGCCGACAGAAAAGGAAAUGAGAGACGCGGGAGGAGAAGGAGGAGGAGGCGGCGAUGACAGGGACAAAAUCGGCAAAUCUGAGAAGGACCAGAGCUGGAUCCCCAAGAUCAUCAAGAAAAGAGUGUGCACCGCCUUUGUGGAGGAUUCUUUCAGCAAUGGCGCACUGUGCCAGUGUGGGGGUGAGAGAAAUGCCCAUGCAUCCGUGGCUCUGGGGGACUAUUUCAGCACGGCGAUCGUGAACCACUGGGACAGCGCCCAGCACUCCUCUGAAUACCCGACGGACGCCUUCGGAGAGUUGCAGUUUGCAGGAGCCAGCAAGAGGCAUAGCUAUUUCCUGCGUCUGUCAUGGGACACCCCACCGUCCAUGGUCUACACCCUAAUGACAGUUCACUGGGGUCUCCCCGCACCCAACCUGGUGGUGUCUGUCGUGGGCGGAGAAGGCAGGACAAAGGUGAAGACCUGGGUUCGAGAGGUCCUCAGGCAGGGACUAGUGAAAGCCUCACAAAGCACAGGAGCGUGGAUCCUGACCUCAGGCUUGCGGGAAGGCGUGGGGAGGUGCGUUGGAGAGGCAGUGAGAGAUCACGCCACUGCCGCCUCUUCUGUCUCCCUCAACAAGGUGGUGGCGCUGGGCAUCGCGCCGUGGGGCCUGGUGCACAAUCGAGAACAGCUGGUCAACCCUCAGGGCAGCUUUCCUGCUAAGUACUAUGUUAAGAACACCUCCAGGGACUCCUGCUGCCUGGACAACAACUACCAGGCCUUCUUGCUGGUGGAUGAUGGGAGUGUGGGCCGCAGAGGAGGAGAUACGGGGUUCAGAGCUAAACUGGAGGACUACAUCUCCCACCAGCGCACUGGAAUAUGGGGCAGCGGCAGCAUUGACAUCCCUGUCCUCUGUAUGCUGGUAUCAGGGGAGGCCAGCAUGCUGGAGAGAGUGGAUCUCUCCCUGAAAACCUCCAUGCCCUGGCUCGUGCUGGCCGGCUCGGGAGGCAUGGCCGACUUCCUGAGCGAUGUCCUGGAGAACCUGUCUUCAAACCCAGGUGUCCAGUCGUCGGGCGAGGGCGACGGUGAGGCGGUUCCCAACGUGGACCUGAAAGACAGAAUGACUGAACGGUUUAAGAAAUAUUUUCCAUUGGAAGCGGAGACAGACAAACUAGUUGAGCGGGCUCUGAGCAUCUACCAGAACAGAGACUUCAUUACAGUCUACCAUGGAGAGCAAGAGGGUCCCAAUGAAUUUGACACGGUGCUGCUAAAAGCAUUGGUUGGAGCUAGUAAGCACCGUGCAUCAGUUGACGCCAGCCCUUACACUGAGGAGCUGAAGCUAGCGGUCACAUGGAACAGGGUUGACAUCGCCAAGAGUGAACUCUUCAACGGAGACUUCCAGUGGAGGUAUGAAGACUUGGAGGACUCCAUGACGGAUGCUCUGGUCAAUGACAAGCCCCAGUUUGUGCGUCUUUUCACUGAGAAUGGCUUGAACAUCCUGGACUACUUGACGUACGGCAGGCUGGAAAACCUCUACCGCUCCGUGGCUGACGGCACGCUGCUUUACCAGUUACUUCAGCGACGCCUUGUGGAGCGUCUGGGAACUACAGGGAUUGCAUCCUCACCUUCUAACGUUCAGGAGUCGCCUUCAAAAGUGGCAGAACAGAACAUUGAGAAUGGACCAGGGAUGGAAAUUAGCCUUUUUGAGGUGUCAGGGGUGUUGGAACUGUUAAUGGGUGACGUCUGUCAGCCGUUCUACUAUGGUGCUUUGGAGUUGGAGAAUAUCUCAUCUAAAAGGAGAGCGCUUAAGCGUGCCAGUAAGCUGUUGCGAGGGGAAUGCCUCUAUCGACACAGGCGCUGCCUCUUCCCCUGGGCUUCGCUUUUCAUCUGGGCCGUCCUGCAGAACCGUAGUGAAAUGGCCACUUUGUUCUGGGAGAUGGCAGGUGAGCCGGUGCUGAGUGCUCUAAGUGGCUGCAAGAUACUGAGAGAGCUGUCCAAGCUGGAGGUUGAGACCGAAACCAAACUCUCCAUGAAAGAGCUGGCCCAGAGGUUUGAGAAUUUGGCACACGACGUCUUCAGCUCUUGCUAUCGGAGCAAUGAGAGCCGCUCCUUCACCCUGCUCAUUAGGAAAUCUCCAGUGUGGGGUGGCACCACCUGCCUACAGAUGGGUAUGGGCGCGGACGCACGACUGUUCUUCAGCCACGAUGGAGUACAGUCUCUGUUGUCCCAGAUCUGGUGGGGCGACAUGAAGAGGUCCACGGAGGUGUGGAAGCUUCUGCUCACUUUCUUCUGCCCCAUCCUCUGCUACACCAACCUCAUCACCUUCAGGAAUCAUGAGGACCAACAGCAGGAGCAGGAGUCCAAGCCUAAUGAGGACGGACCGGGUCGGGACAGCGACAGCCUCUAUGGGACCACCGUCUUUUCCUUCUCUGACAUCAAGCACAUUGACGCUGAAACACAAGAAUCACACAGUCCCAGGACGGCUACCAUGAAGGGCAUACCCCAACCCCACAGACCACCGAAACGUCCUUUCAUAGUGUCCCGCUGGCGCCAGUUCUGGUUUGCGCCGGUCACCUCCUUUUUGGGCAACGUCCUGAUGUACUUCCUGUUUCUCCUGCUUUUCGCCUACGUGCUGCUGGUCGACUUCAAACCCCCGCCGCCUUCCGGUCCCGCCGUCACCGAGUAUGUGCUCUACUUCUGGGUGUUCACCAUAGUGUGCGAGGAGAUCCGAGAGACAUUCUUUUUGGGAACGAAGACUUUGCGCCAGAGGAUCAGGCUGUACAUCCAGGACGUGUGGAACAAGUGUGACCUCAUUGCCUUUACGCUGUUCAUCAUAGGACUCACCUGCAGGAUGUUCCACUGGACAUAUGGGUUUGGCCGGGACGUCCUGUGUGUGGACUACAUGGUCUUCACCCUUCGCCUCAUCCACAUUUUUGCCAUUCACAAGCAGCUGGGACCAAAAAUCAUCAUUGUUGGCAAGAUGAUGAAGGACGUCUUCUUCUUCCUCUUCUUCCUCGGGGUGUGGCUCAUGGCGUACGGAGUGGCGAAUCAGGCUCUCAUUUACUCCUACGACCCUCAACUCGAUCGCAUCUUUCGCCGAGUUUUCUACAGGCCAUACUUGCACAUCUUUGGACAGAUCCCUGUGGAAGAGAUUGAUGUGGGGAAAACGUGGGAUAUGAAUUGCACCGACAACGUGAACCUGAUUGACGGUGGUGCAGAGCCUUGCAGAACUCUGUACAGUAACUGGCUGGUGGUGAUUUUGCUGGUUAUUUAUCUCCUGGUCACCAACAUCCUGCUCAUCAACCUGCUCAUCGCCAUGUUUAGCUACACCUUUAAUGAGGUUCAGGCAAACAGCGACAUCUACUGGAAGUUCCAGCGCUACAACUUGAUAGUUCAGUACCACUCUCGUCCUUCCCUGGCUCCUCCGUUUAUCAUCCUCUCUCACAUCAACCUAUUUAUCAAGAGAACUAUCCGGAAGGUGCCCUCCAUCAAGAUCCACCACUUUGUGUUGCAGUUAAGUGGGAAAGUGGCGAACAGAUUAACGACGUGGGAGACCAUUCAGAAGGAGGACUUCCUGACGGCUCAAAACAAGAUCCAGAAAAGCAGCGACUCAGAGAGACUCAAACGGAUGUCUGUCAAAGUGGACGGUGUGCUUAAACAUCUGACUGAGAGCAGGGACUUUGACCACAGGUUAAGGGCUCUGGAGAAUGAGAUGGAGUAUUGCUCAAACGCUCUCAGCUGGAUUGUUGAUACUUUAGCACAAGGGAGCACAUUCAAACCUUCUCGGCCCCCACCUACAUUAAGAGAUGCGUUCCCAUGCUCUUCCAGUUCAACUUGAUUAGGCCUUUGGGAUGUUACUUCACUCGGGUUCGUACGGCCCACUCCCCAGUCCCACUGGCAGCAUUAUCAUCCUGACCAAAGAUUGUCAACACUGACCUCUCAGUGUCAUCACUGCUCCUGACAGUACUCCGUAAAUGCUGUCUUAUUUAAAUGCCAAAGAAAACUGCACGCAUUUAUAGUGUGCCAGUAUAUAUUUUAUGUAAUGUACCGGUCAGUGCCACAGUGCCUUCACUCGUGACUUUUUAUGGGGUUUUAUUGUGAAAUGUGUUUACAGGGGUUGCAUCAGUUGCAGUAGCACUCUUGCUAAUUAGUUGCUUACAUGAAAUGUUACUUUAAAUGUAUGCAUAUUCAGUUUUAGUGUUUGUUUGUGUUGUUCUGUUCAAUAAAUUGUACCUACAGUUUA